GAGAGGGGCCGGCCCAGGGCCGCGCUACGUGUCCCGCAGCCCUUAUAGCCCCGGCCCGCCGGGCCCGCCGCGGCAGCACCAUGUCGAGCCACGAGCACACGGGAUCCACCAACGUGGUUUACCAAGCCCAUCAUGUCAGCAGGAGUAAGAGAGGACAAGUUGUCGGCACCAGGGGAGGAUUCCGAGGCUGCACGGUUUGGCUCACAGGCCUUUCUGGAGCCGGCAAGACGACCAUUGGCUUUGCUCUGGAAGAGUACCUGGUGGCUCAUGGCAUCCCGUGCUACUCCCUGGACGGCGACAACGUCCGGCAUGGCUUGAACAAGAACCUGGGCUUCUCGGCGCAGGACCGCGAGGAGAACAUCCGGCGCAUCGCCGAGGUGGCGCGGCUCUUCGCCGACGCGGGGCUCGUCUGCAUCACCAGCUUCAUCUCCCCCUUCACAAAGGAUCGUCGAAACGCACGGAAAAUUCAUGAGGCAGCUGGACUUCCUUUCUUUGAAAUCUUUGUAGAUGCUCCUCUAAAUAUUUGUGAAAGCAGAGAUGUGAAGGGCCUGUACAAAAAGGCAAGAGCUGGAGAGAUCAAAGGAUUCACGGGGAUUGACUCAGAGUAUGAGAAACCCGAAGCUCCCGAGCUGGUGCUGAAAACAAACGUUGCAUCGGUGUCUGAGUGCAUCCAGCAGGUCGUGGAGCUCCUCCAAGCACAGAACAUCGUGCCCCAAGGCUCAGUGAAGGAUGUUCUGGAGCUGUUUGUGCCUGAGGAUAAACUCAGCAGUGUCCGGGCCGAGGCAGAGAAGCUGCCAGCAGUGGAGAUCACUAAGCUGGAUCUGCAGUGGGUGCAGGUGCUGAGCGAAGGCUGGGCCACUCCUCUGACAGGAUUCAUGCGGGAGGCAGAGUACCUGCAAGUGCUGCACUUUGGCACCCUGCUCAACGACGGCGUGGUGAACCUGAGCAUCCCGAUCGUGCUGCCCGUGUCGGCGGAGGACAAGCAGCGGCUGGAGGGCAGCGAGGCGCUGGCUCUCAGCUUCCAGGGCCGCCGGGUCGCGGUGCUGCGCAGCCCCGAGUUCUUCGCGCACAGGAAAGAGGAGCGCUGCGCCCGCGUCUGGGGCACCGCCUGCCCCCGCCACCCGCACAUCCAGAUGGUGAUGGAGAGUGGAGACUGGCUGGUUGGUGGAGACCUGCAGGUCCUGGAGAGGAUCAAAUGGAACGACGGGCUGGACCAGUACCGCCUGACCCCGCUGGCUCUCAAGCAGAAGUUCAGGGAAAUGAACGCUGACGCCGUCUUCGCGUUCCAGCUGCGCAACCCCGUGCACAAUGGGCACGCCCUGCUCAUGCAGGACACGCGGCGCCAGCUGCUGGAGAGGGGCUACAAGAACCCCGUGCUCCUGCUGCACCCCCUGGGGGGCUGGACCAAGGACGACGAUGUCCCUCUGGAGUGGCGCAUGAAGCAGCACGCGGCCGUGCUGGAGGAGCAAGUCCUGGACCCCAAGUCCACCAUCGUGGCCAUCUUCCCCUCUCCCAUGCUCUACGCCGGCCCCACGGAGGUGCAGUGGCACUGCCGAGCCCGGAUGGUGGCGGGGGCCAACUUCUACAUCGUGGGGCGCGACCCGGCGGGAAUGCCGCACCCCGACACCAAGCAGGACCUGUACGAGCCCACGCACGGCGGGAAGGUGCUGGGCAUGGCCCCCGGCCUCACCUCCGUGGAGAUCAUCCCCUUCAGGGUGGCUGCCUACAACAAGCUCAAAAGAGCCAUGGACUUCUACGACCCCAAAAGGCACGAUGAUUUUGACUUCAUCUCAGGAACACGCAUGAGGAAGCUUGCUCGGGAAGGGGAAAACCCCCCAGACGGCUUCAUGGCCCCCAAAGCCUGGAAAGUCCUCACCACGUACUACCAGUCACUGGAAAAAAAGAAUUAACUCCUCCUCCUCCCUAGAAAUACCUGUAUUAAGAGUGAGCAAUGAUCGAUUGAUUCCUUGUGACACAGAUCACUUGGCAUGACCCUGGGAUUUUCCUACCUGGGUCAGAGUGAUUUUUUACCAAUCAGAAAUACCUUGAGCCUGAUCCUUCUCCCCCUAAAGCUGCUGGGAGUGUCCCCAUGGAGCUGGAAGGGAUGGGGAGCGGGCCCUUCGCUCCUGGCUGGUGCCAGGAUGUGCCAGCAGGAUCAUUGUGGUGCUGCCAGGGCCACGCAGCAGCUCCCAGUGCAGAGGGGGGGCCUCAGACCAGAAUAAAUCCUGCCUGUGCCCUGCCUGGAGCAGAAAUGAACAAGUGCCUUUCCACAUUGUGCCUUAGACAGUUUUUGCUAAUUAACUGCACAAUCUUUUUAAUGCCCUUUUUUAAAAAAGGACUUUUUAAGAUCAGCUGUGACCGCCGUCAGUUCCUUGUGGCUGAGCCAAUUCUUCACUGCCUCUUUGCAUCCUUCCUCCCGCUUGACCUCUUGGGUCAAACAAAUCCUGGGCUGAGCAUUCCUGUUGCUCCACGUUCAGCUGUCCGUGAGAUUGUGCCAUGGUGAUCCCUGCACUGUCCUGGGAGGCACCACGAAGCCCUGAGAUCCCUGAGAAAGCUCUGAGCAGCAAGGAAAAGUCAGGGACGCUGUCACUGUGUUUUCAGGUGUCCUCCCACAUGGCAGGAUGGGGUCCCCCUCCCCUCUGCCCACUCUCCUCCCAUCCCAGAGGCAAAUCCAAGGCAAAACAGCAAAGACACAGCGUGAGGUGGGUCUGGAGAAACAGCUGAGAGGAGGCUGAAGCUGCUCCCAGCUCUGGCUGUGGAAAGUUACCCCGGGCUUUAUCUCCUUCCCCACCCUCAUCCUGACAUGGACUUUGCCUGCACCGUGCCUGAGGCUUUUCCGCUGACUCACAGCUCCUGCGGUGGCCUCCAAGAGGACAGAGCAGUGACACAAGAGCGGAGCUUCCCUGGACACUCCCGGGAGCCCCGGGCCGCCUUCCGGGGCCAGGGCUGGUCCCUCCUCGCCUCCCCAGCUGUGAGGCGUCAGCAGAGGAGAGCAACCAAGCGCUUGGUAAUGACAGCAACGGCCUCACUCCAUGAUUUUUGCAACGACCUCACUCCAUGAUUUUUGCACCUGGCCUUCUUUAGCAGCUGCCCCAGGACCCGUGGGGAUGUGUUCCCAACGAAGGGGAACCAGCAAUCCUCUCUUCUUGUGAUCCAGUUUUAAUUCCAGAUGGAUCCGCGCUCAGCAAAAUCAACUUGUGGCGCGGGGUACUGUGAGCUACGGCCUGCUGUGGCCAGGGCACAGUGUCCAAGCCUUUGUCUAUAACUGGAAAAUAUCCUGGCAAAAGGGCCUUUUUGGUUGGUUGUUUUUUUGGUGGGUUUUUUUUUAAAGUAUUUGGAGCAAAGCUGUGUUUUACACCAAGGCAAAUGCUGCUGCCUCCGUGGGAGCUGACAGUGCACCAGCCUCAUCCAGCCAGGCCCUCUGGCAGGAAGCAAUAUUCCCAUUUAGGAUUAAAAUAAUCCAGUGUUGAAACCUGUCCCCCCAGUAAGUCCAGGUGGUCACAGCACAACACAGAUGUUAGAUCAUAAUUUUAAACCAGCAGUGUCCUGAUUAGCCCUGAUUAUAACGCAUGGACUGGGGGGUUUGUAGUCUAUUUAUUAAAGACGUGAGACUGGAAUUUGUACCUCAACUGAUGCAUCUCAUGAUUUAAUAUAUUCUGAACUCGAUACUCUACGAAACACUCGCUUU